UGGACUGACAUUGGGUCACAUUUUAGGCCUACCUGGCAUCCAAUGUCCAGCACACCAAUGCCCAGUCUAAAAAAACGCACCUGCACGUUAACUCGUUAACGUUCAUAAUUUGGCUUUUUUAGAGUCCAUGAAUGCCACUCACAAAAGUGUCCAUGUUUAUUUCUGUGUUAGUAUCACAAGCACUGAUUCCAUGUGAUAACGCAGGCUGACGGCGCAACGUGUUGGAAUACAAAAUAACCGACAGAGGUCACACGUGUGCUGUUCAAGCCACUGGGUAGUGUAAAGUGAAAUAAAUAAUGCAGUCUACCUGUCGAAAUGAAAUCACACAAUUCACACACUAAAAUACCAGACCAACAUACGCACACAAACACACACCUACGUUGCGUUUAUUAAUAUGCCACAUAUAGUCCUGCCUGAUACAUUAUGGUAAAAUACCGCCUAUUAAGUGAUAAACUACUAUUUUAGAAUAACGACGUUUAACAUUAUGUCGUGGACAUUUUUCAAUGUAAGAAAUGCCUGUUUUAAUGUAGCCUAACGGUGUUUGCAUCGUAAACAGUUUUCUUUUAAAGAACAAGACUUUUUGUAAUGGCGCACAGAACAUUUUACUUUAUCGUUACCUUUCAUAUGUGAAAACAUGCAGUUUGUAGCCUACUGCAUGUAUCAGUUACGCUAAAAACGACAAAAUAUAUUGAAAAACAGCUACCCCCUGUUUGUCUCGUAACAACUUCUGUGAAUGUCAUGUGCGUGACUCAGGAUCAACUAAUGACUAAACUGCACCUGAAAUUCCAUGUGCGUACCGUCUUAAUGCGCUAUUCUCUCUUCCAAAUCGCAUAUGGACAUGCGUUGACAGACAGGUAAGGUCAGGAAUCGGAGAGUGAGACUGUACCGUGAACGGGAUUAAAGUACCCUACUCAAGCAACUAGCUAAAUUGCAGUAGCUAGGCAGUUUAGCGCAGACGUCGCUCGCCGCAUGUGCACGCCUGUCAGUGUGUGAGCGCAGACGGAAGCUAGCGGAGAAAAACACAACCGCAAAAGAGCAUAAUACAAUUAAUUAAUUCGGAAAAUACUCACAUUUAACAAUUCUGUCACUCCCUUAAAUACACCUAUUUAAAAAGCGAUGAUCCAAGGAUGAAAAACAAUACAUAUUAGCAGUAGAACGUAUUGAAUUGAGGACAGAACCUUAAGAAAAACAAGAAUUCAGCCAAGCAAUGGAGAACCAGGCAGCGGAGCUGCAAUGCUACGAGGAUGUUUGCAAAAGCGGUUACCUCCGCAAACAGAAAUCUAUGCAUCGGCGGUACUUCGUUCUGCGCGCGGCCUCGGAACGGGGCCCAGCCCGGCUCGAAUACUACGAGACCGAGAAGAAAUUCCGCAGCAAGGCGCCCGUCCCGAAAAAAGCCCUCAAUCUGGAGACGUGUUUUAACAUCAACAAGCGGGCGGAUUCUAAGAACAAGCAUAUGAUAGUGCUGUACACACGCGGGGAGAGCUUUGCAAUUGCUGCAGAUAGCGAAGAGGUCCAGAGCGAAUGGUACCAGGCCAUGUUGGACCUUCAAUUUAAAAGUAAGACGCCCGAUGACAGCGGAAGUGGUGGAGAGGUCGGGACUCCCUUCCCAGGCCCUGCAUUUAAAGAGGUGUGGCAGGUAAAAGUGUGGCCCAAGGGGCUGGGGCAAGCCAGAAACCUGGUGGGCAUCUACAGGCUGUGCCUGACGGACAAGACGGUUAACUUUAUCAAGCUGAACUCGGAUGUGCCAGCCGUGGUGCUGCAGCUGAUGAACGUGCGCCGCUGCGGCCACUCCGAGAACUUCUUCUUUGUGGAGGUGGGCCGCUCGGCUGUGACAGGGCCCGGAGAGUUCUGGAUGCAGGUGGAGGACUCGGUGGUGGCGCAGCACAUGCACGAGACUCUGCUGGAGGCCAUGAAGGCUCUCAGCGAGGAGUUUCGGCAGCGUAGCAAGGGGUCUCAGUCAGCGGCAGCCAUUGGCGGGGGUACCACUGCCUCCAACCCUAUCAGCGUCCCAUCUCGACGGCAUCACCCGAAUCCACCACCCAGCCAGAUCGGCUUCUCCCGAAGGCCUCGCACUGACACCCCCGGGCCAACAGGGGGCAACAGCGGCAACACCUCCCCAACACCUCGCCAUGGGUUCUCCAGGUCGCGCACCUCCAGCAUUGGGGGUAGGGGGGUGGAUGAGGGCAGGGUCGCGGCAGGAGGAGCAGUAGGACCCGUUUCUAGCCCCAGCCUUAACGGGUCCUCCUGCUCCACCACCCCAACCCCAACCCCCAUGCCCAAGACGACCCGCGCCCCCACCCCUGCCAAAAUCCCACUCAGCUUGGUACGCUACACCCCCAACCCCGUCCCAUCCCCUGCCCCCAGCCUGUCCUCUAGCUCGGGGCAUGGAUCAGAGUGUGGGGGGUUUGGUUUUGGGGGUGGAUUAGUAGGGGGCAUGGCCGUAGCCCCUUUCAGCCGCGCCCCUCAGAGGGUCUCUGUCUCUGGCUCUCCCAGCGACUAUGGCUCCUCAGAUGAGUAUGGUUCCAGCCCAGAUCUCCCUGGGGGCUCUGCCUCCAGAGGCCUGGGGUGCCAUGCCUUAGGGGGCAGGGCCUCCAACUACAUCACCAUGGGCCACCAGCAGCAUGGAGGGGGCAGAGCUUCGGGGGGAAACACACGCGGCUAUGCCCGCAGGGUGCUCCGCCGCUCCUCUACUCGAGAGUGUGAAGCUGAACGCCGGCUACUCAGCAAGAGGGCUUCCCUUCCCCCUAUGGCCCUGGGGCGGCUCCACCCUCACAGGAGGAGGGAAGAAGAGGAGGAGGCUGAGGAGGAUGAAGACUACACCGUCAUGUGCCGGAGUGCCAGCAGGGAGUCCUUCACCUCCCCCAGGGCUGAAGGCAGGAAAGGAGGGGGCGGAGGAGAAGGAGGAGUGGCUGGAGAUAACGGCUAUAUGUCAAUGUUGCCAGGGGUUAAAUCCCCCUCUGUCUCCAUCUCCCUCUCUCUCUCUGUUGCGGUCUCGGACUCCAGCCCCAAACUGGAUGACUACAUGGCCAUGACUCCUAGCAGCAGCGUCUCGCCCCCCCAGCCAAUGCGCUCUCUCAGCUCUGAGGGGUAUAUGUUGAUGUCACCCAGCAGCAGUUGCUCCCCAGACCAGCAGGUGGCAGUAUGGGGAGGCAGAGGUGGUGCUAUAGGAGGAAAGAGGGAUAAUGGUAAUGACUAUAUGAACAUGUCACCCAUCGGAGCCCGCUCCGCCAACAGCUCGCCACCACCUAACUCUGAAGGACACCCCCCGCAGGGUCUUACCAAAACUCCCCCCUCCUACUUUUCUUUACCCAGAUCUUAUAAGCACACCCUGUCUGCAAGGGUUGAGGACAGCCUGGGACGGGGCAAAAGGGCAGGGCUCAAUGGCAGUAACAGCUGCAGGGGCGGUGUAGCUGGGGUUGGGGUGGGAGGCAGGGGUGGAAUGGGGUUCCCCGGCAGGCAAGACUCCUCCCCCGGGUCCUCGAAAGGACGGCGCCUCUCUGCCUCCUCCUCCUCUUACUCCUCCAGCUCGGCCAGCAGCGAGAGCCUUGAGGACAAACUGACACCGAGGGCACACGGGGUAAGAGUGGGUGUGGGGUUCAGGCCUGGGGAAGCCUGCUGCUCUUCCACAGAGAGAACAUCCCAGCAAAGGCACGGUCCAGGGGGGAAGAUGCAGAACCAGCAGGGCCAGAAGCAGCAGAGGAGGGGUCACCCUGCAAGCAUCUUCGAGGACAUGUCCAAAGCCAGCACCCUCCCGAGGGUGCGGGAGAACUCCCUUUCCUCCAUCCCCCAGAACCCUGGGGAGUAUGUCAGCAUUCGUUUUGGGGGACCUACUGGGGGGAAUAGCGGAGGAGCUGGGCAUAGGGGGCUCAUGGGCCCCAUACUGUCAUUGCCACGUGGAACCCUGGGGCCCUCUCAUCGAGCCGAAUCCUGCCUGAGCAGCUUUCAGACCCUCCCCCGGAGCCUUUCUGCACCCCUGGCCCCCUCUGGCAGUGCCGCCUGCUCCACCGAAUACAUCAACAUGGACUUCGGCCACCCUCCCUCGCUCUCGCCCUCUCCCUCUUCCUCGCCAUCAUCCUCCCACCUCUCCCUGACCCCUGUCACCUUCCCCUCCUUUGGGUCCCUCUCCACCCCACCUGCUGUCGCCCUCAAGACCCGGGAGGAGUCCCACCACACCCCUCGGGAGGCGGAGCCGGGAGACACUCCACGGAGGAAGCCUGGAGGGACCACCCCUGUUGCCGCAGCACCCAAUUCACUUGCCGGAGACUACACUGAGAUGGCCUUCAGUUUGGACUCGGCCUCCUCUCGCUGUAGCAGUCCCACCCUGCGUCCCUCUGCCAUGGAGCUAGGCCUGGACUUCCCGCUGGGGAAGGCAGGAGCCAGUCCUGACCGGACUGGCCCCAGGGUGAUCAGGGCAGACCCCCAAGGACGGCGGCGCCACUGCUCCGAAUCUUUCCUAACUUCCUCUCCUUUACCCCUCUCCUCCUCCUCCUCCUCCUCCAUGUCCCUCUUCCCUGAGCACAACACGCAGGGUGUGGCACACCAGCUCAGGUUUGAGGUGGGGGCAUCCACCUGGGGGAGCGGACUGCCCGCUGCCCAGGCUUUGUCUGUGGAGCAAGGCCUGAAUUACAUCGACCUAGACCUUGCCAGCAAGGAGGGCCGCCGUUCUACUUUGGAAGGCCCUGCUGGCAUCCACCACCCUCCCCCACCCCAUCUCUUCUCCUCUUUACUUGGAGGGGGGUCUAGUGGAACCCUGGGAGGGGGUUCUGUGGGAGGAUGCAGCGUUGGGGCAAAUCUGAACACCUAUGCCAGCAUCGAUUUCCUCAAGUCCGAGGAGCUGCGGACAAAUCAGAACAGUAACAAGGAUGGACCAGAGUGUGGCACCUGAUACGCAACUGGACACGUCUUUGAAGCACUUUCAAAGUUUUAUUCUUUCCCUCAGCCACUGAAAGAAUAUGUGCCAAAAGACUCUCUCCUAUUGAGGCCUGCAGCCAAUCAGAACAGAUUAUUAAGACUCACUGCCAACCAGGAGCCAGUGACAUUUUUUUUCUUGCAACUUGCAAGGGAACUUCAAGAAAUAUAAUUGUAAAAUUUGUAAUAUAAUAUGAUAUAGUCAAAUUGAGAAAUUAAAUAUUUAAAAUGAUCAAAUAUACAUAUAGCUACAUAUAACUUUAAAAAAGUGCCUCAUAUUUUUUGAUUGUAGCCAUUUUAACAAAGAAAAUCAUGAAAUGGUCAGAGGAAAUGAAAAAAAAACAUGAAACUACAUUAAGGAGUAUUGAAAAUUAUUAUGUUAAUAGUAAUAAUAAUGACAUUCAGCUGGCCUUACUGUGUUUGUGAACAUUUAAAGAGUAGCUUCAUGUUGCUUUUUGCUUUGCCACAUGCCAUAAUUGCCCUGAUGUGUAUGGCUCACCCGUUGUUAUGACCUCACCUGCCACUUAAGCUUGCAUUUACAAUCUCUCUCUUUCUCUUUCUCUCUGUCUCUGUCGCCCUCUCUUUCACAAACACACACACACACAGGACAAAGAUACAUGUAGGCUCAAAGGUUGAAAGCAUACUCAUGUUUACAUAUACUCACGAAGGGCCACAAAGACACACUAUGCAUGCUAUACACAUUGAAAGGCAAAGGACAAAAACGCACUUAUACUUGCAUGUACACACACACAACCAAACACACAUCACAAACAUAUACAUGGUGCACAUACACUGUGUAUAUUGAUAGGUUCCAAGGACAAGAACAAAGGCACGCUUGCAUGUACUCACACAAACAUGUGCACACACACACACACAAACACACGCACACAUACAUGCUGGAACAAUCUCCCUCUCUCUAUGCCUGAAGAUCUAUACUUGCUUUAUGCAUCCCUUGUGAUUCAUCAGCUAAAACCAUGCAAGUGUCUGCCUGUGUUCCCCUGUCUUCAGUGAAGCCGCACACACACCACACACACUCACACAAAUGUGAAAUGCUGUUUAGCUGGCAUCAGAUUUUUUGGGAUAGAUAAUUCACUGAUUUCUGUGUGUGUGUGCUUGUAUGUGUGUUGAACUCUGUUUUACUAGUUUUGCUAAAGAAUCUCAGUGCAGAUGUAUAUAUUUUUUCCCAGCAUUCAUUUCAUCAGGUGGUUGUACAGUUUUGUUGAUCCCCAGAUCUGAGUUGAGACAAUACAAAAGAACUGCAUUAUAAACUGGGACUUUUUCCUAAGGCACAGAAAUAUCUUAACAUUCCUUUGCUGGAAAUCAGUGCCAAAAUACAGGCUGUACACAUAUCGACAACACACACACAUGCAUGCACAAAGUACAUUUCAUAAGCUACUAUUUUAUGAUACAGGUAUGAAGUCCCUGUGGUUUAGGGCUUUCCGUAACUAAAUAAAGAUAUUAACUUUAUAUUUCUCCCAGCUAAGACAACUGCAGGAAUCAAACUAUCAAAUCUACUGUUUUACCCCAUUUCCUGCACCAAACUGAUUGGAUGGUUUCAGCCAUUGGGAGAUUUUGUGUGGAUUAUAGGGCUGCCCUUCCAAAGCCUGGAUCUAUUAGAUUCCUGUCUGACCAGCACUACCCUUCACUUUGUUCUGAUUUGAUCAAUGGAAAGAAAUUGUGAAACAUCUUUGUCUGUUUCCACCUGUCUGUGUAUCUAUUUGGUCUGUUAUGUUGAUCUAUCUUUAUUGCCUUAAGAGUUAAUUGACAAACAAAAGAUACGCAGCAACUGUACAAAGAUUUUGCAUUCUAGAAGCAGGUGAAUUGCGUGUCAAAAAAGAUGCUUUAUUUUUGAGUUUGGUGAAGUGCAGUUUUGUGUCACGACUGUAGUUUGCUGGCUAAACGGCAUAACUAAGUGAUGUGGAGACAAAGAUUAUACACGAAAACAUUGUCUUAAAGUACCCUUGUCAACAAUUUUGGAACAAGUGUAGACUUAAUCACCUUAACAGAAGUUACCAUACAAAAGGCAUAAUAAUAAUAAUAAUAAUAAUAAUGAUUUGGAACACGUGUAGACUUAAUCACCUUAACAGAAGUUACCAUACAAAAGGCAUAAUAAUAAUAAUAAUAAUUUGGAACAAGUGUAGACUUAAUAAUCUAAACAGAAGUUACCAUACAAAAGGCAAAAUAAGGAUAAUAAAAUUAUUAUUAAUAGUAAUAAUAAUAGUUAUUACAAUAAUAAUUUUUAUAAUAAUGGUGAUGUGUUAUGACAUUAACUAAAGGAGAAGGGUGGUCAUUUAUGCUCUUUAUAGAUUGCUAUAUUGUUCUGUGCAUUAGGGAGUAGAAUUCAAGGGAGGGGAGGGUGUAGGGUUAAAAGAAAUGGCUAAUGUGUUGUUUCUGUUCAUGCCAAUUGUUCAAAAUGGAAAAUCAUAAGAUCAUAAGGGUCCUUGCCUGUGGUGUAGACAGUGUCACUUUGUUGCUUGAAGAAAAAACAAAACAAAACAACAAGAAGUGUCUGUCUUUUUCAAAGUGUACUAGUAAGCAUACCGAUGAUAAACAAUGCAGUUUUUUAAAUAAAAACAACAGUGCCAAG